AUGGCGCUCGACGAAUCCCUCCAACAACCUCUCAACUUCACCGGCCACCGCCAACUCAUCAACCGGCUUGUCCUCGCAACCCUCACCGGCCGCCCCGUUCGCAUAUCGCAAAUCCGGUCCUCGUCCACAAAUCCCGGUCUCACACGGCACGAAACAAACUUCAUCCGCCUCCUCGACGCCAUAACCAAUGGCUCACAUAUCCAAUUCUCCAUGACAGGCACCACACUCGUUUACCGCCCGGGACUCAUCACAGGCAGCGCCGAAGGCCUCGGCGCAAGCGGCGGCGUAAUCAGGCAUGAGAUACCAUCUGAAUGCCGCAAGAGGGGGGUGAGCGCCUGGCUGAUACCGCUGUGCACUCUCGCGCCCUUUAGCAAAGGCAACAUGAACGUCGUCUUCCACGGCGAGGGCUGCGUGACUGCCGCCACCAUGGCGGGGGACGUCAGCGCAGACACGGUGCGCACGGCCAUCCUCCCUCUGUACAAAAACUUCGGCAUCGAAAGAAACAUUGAGCUCCGGAUCCUCAAACGCAGUGCCGCGCCCGCAGGCGGAAAGAGCGCUGGCGGAGAAGUCCAAUUGGUAUUCAACCACCAGGUCCGGCUACCCAAGACAUUGCACCUGCUCAACCCCGGACGCGUCAAAAGAGUGCGCGGCGUCGCCUACUGCGUCGAGGUCCCCAAGAGCAACAACGAGCGCAUGAUUUUCGAGGCAAGAGGCCUCCUCAACAAAUUCGUACCAGACACGUACAUCUUCUCCGACGCCUCGGCCGCGCCCCUCAUCCCCACAUCCAUCAAGACCCACCCGUCCGGCAAAGUCAAAGGCGCAGUCGGCUUCGGCCUCAGCCUCGUCGCAGAAUCAAGCACAGGCUGCCUCUACUCUGCAGACGUCUGCUCACCCCCCGAAGGCGGCGUCCCCGCAGACGAAAUCGGCAGACAAUGUGCCUACCAGCUCCUCGAGAAGAUCAGCCACGGCGGCGCAGUCGACUCCCUCGCAGCCCCAACCGUCCUCAUGCUCAUGGCCAUGGGCUCCGAAGACGUCGGCCGUCUCGCCCUGAGCAAACACGUUCUUGCCAGCGAGGAACUCGUGCAGCUAGCCCGCGACGCAAAGGUUUUUGGGGGUAGUGGGUGGGGCUUCAGAGAGGCGGGUGGGGAAGACAGCGAUGCUGUUGUGGUCAGUGUUGUGGGCAAAGGCGUGGGCAAUGUUGGACGCAAGGUUGCAUAG